GAAAUUGAUUUUAUCUGUUUUUGCGAUUUUUCAUCGUAAUUUCAUGUUUUUGGCGAGACCUGUUAGUUAUUGCAAAAAACUGAACCGAAUAGAUUUGUUUGGCUUUCGCUUCUUAUGGUUUUCACAUUCGAGUAAAUAUGGAGGAGAAACUUCUAAAAGUUCUGCGUCAGCUUUUUCUCUUCCUGACCACUUGCGAAACCUUGACAUACCCAACGACCCUAUAUUUUCAAUAGAAAAUAUCAAGGAUUUGCCUAGGGAAGAGGUUGAAAAACUUAUCAAAGUGUACCGUAUGAUCGAAGGUCACGCAACGGCCUUGGAAGAGGGAAAUCAUGUAAAGACAGUGGAUAAUCCUUUACUAGACCAGGUUCCUUUGCGAAAUUUUCCGAGCUUGUCACCUCCAGUAGUAGAAACUUUUCGGAAGCAUUUUCCUGCAGAGAAAAUUGAGCAUCUUGUUCCACAAAGAGGAUCUUCGUUGAAGCCAAGCGAGACUCCGUCCGACGCAGGACAAGAACAAGCUUAUCAACGAAUGGACAGGUUUAUGUCACAAACUCAACAGGCAAAAGAUGACGCCGAGUCUGGUGUACCUCGAGGGUACAAUAUGGUCGGUAGAUAUCGACAGAAGAGAAAAGUUUGUCCACUAACUAGUCCUGAUGGAACUGUCGAUAUUGAUUUCCGAAAUGUUGAAGUUUUGAAACACUUUGUGUCAGAAAGUGGGAAAAUUCUUCCCAGGUACAAAACGGGCUUAUCGAAAGUUGCGCAGUAUAGAGUAGCUCGUGCUAUUACUAUAGCCAGAGAAAUGGCCUUACUGCACCCAACUAUGAGUUUAGACCUUGCAUUACAAGAGAGAAGGAAACGAAGGGAGCGAGCACAGGCACCAGAAUAGUGCCGUAGGAUUGUAUUACGAAAGAGUUCUCACAUAUACUUUACAUAUAGCUUUCGAUGAAUAAAGCGAAAUUUCUCAUCUUGUUUGUAUCAAUC